AUGACAGAGCGCCACGAUUCCGACGCCGCCAACGAGGCGCACCUCGACCCUCAGCUACUCUACUCCAAAGAAUACUGCAUUGGUGGAGGCAGCUUUGGCAAGGUGUAUAAAGGCGUCGACAAACGUACCGGUGAGGCCGUCGCCAUCAAAGUCAUCGAUAUUGAAAACGCCGAAGACGAGGUCGAAGACAUAAUUCAGGAAAUUGCCAUCCUCUCCGAGCUGCAAUCUCCCUACGUCACAAAAUACUAUGGCUCCUAUUCCAAGGGCGCCGAGCUUUGGAUCGUCAUGGAGUUUUGCGCUGGUGGCAGCUGUGCCGAUCUGAUGAAGCCCGGCCUCAUCAGCGAAGACUAUAUUGCCAUCAUCACGCGCGAGCUGCUCAUGGGACUCGAGUACUUACACGCCGACAAAAAAUUGCAUAGAGAUAUAAAGGCUGCCAACGUCUUGCUGAGUGCCGCCGGUCAGGUCAAACUGGCGGAUUUUGGCGUCUCUGGACAGCUGUCUGCCACCAUGACCAAGAAGAAUACAUUUGUCGGCACCCCGUUCUGGAUGGCGCCAGAAGUCAUCAAGCAGUCGGGUUACGACCAUAAGGCCGAUAUAUGGUCAUUGGGCAUCACCGCCCUCGAGCUGGCAAACGGCGAGCCACCGUACGCCGACAUUCACCCCAUGAAGGUGCUAUUCCUCAUUCCCAAAAACCCUGCACCUCGUCUCGAGGGCAACUUCACAAAGGCUUUCAAAGACUUUGUCGAGCUAUGUCUGCAACGCGACCCGAAGGACAGGCCCAGCGCCAAGGACUUGCUUCGACACCCUUUUAUCAGAAGGGCAAAGAAGACGACGUACCUGACGGAGCUGAUUGAGCGUCACAGCCGCUGGUCGGCGACGCACAAGGGUGAAGAUGAUGAUCACUGGGACGCUGCCUCGGCAGGCGUACCCACCAGACGCGAGAGAGUAGAUGAGGAUAUGUGGGAUUUCGGCACUGUUCGACUCGUUGGCGACCGCGGGGGGCUCGUUAUGCGACCGGGUCUCAAUGACCUCAGUGACAAGGGGACAAAUGCAAGAGCGGCGAGAUCACCUGAAAAUUCGGGUGACUACGGCGAAACGAGACGUGAACUGAGCCCGAGCAAGGCCCGUGACUUUGCUCUGGAUGCCGGCGAGACCGUCAAGGCACCAUCAAGACAGUCGAGCCCCCAGCGUAAGCCGGUGCCCCCAGUCUUGCAGUCACCUGCCAAGAUCCCUUUACCGGCCAGCCCGAUGAAGACGGCGAAGCAGUUUCUGCCAGAGACGCCGACCAAGUCAAAACCCUUGCCGCCCGUGGUGCAGAGCCAGUCUCCCGACUAUGAUCGGGAGCUGCAGACCCAGUUACAGCAAGAUAUGAGCGUGCUGAAUCUAGAGUUUCCCAGCCACAACUCGCCAUCAUCAGCGAUCAAGGCGCCCUUCAUGGAGCAGCCGUUGCCGGCGGUACGACAACAAACGCCGAAUUCAAGACCGACAUCACGUAUUGGACCUAUACAUCUGCAGGAAAUCCCGCCUUUUCGAGGCAGUCCGUCGUCGCAAACACAAUUCACAUCGCCGCCACCGGCACCACCGCAAAUCCGAACGCCAGCUACGUCCCAGUCGCCGGUGCCGGACUUUGCAACGCCUUCAUCGUUUCCCUCUCCAGCGCCUGCUAAUCCCAACGGCGAGCUGGACGCGCUCAACGAUGUCAUCUUCCCGGCGCUAGAAGAGGCUCUUAAGAGGCGCGAGGCCCGACUACAGCAGAUGUUUGCCGUCGAGCAAGCAGUGACGGUUAAGCAACAGCGGGCGGAAGUUGCGCACGACAAACUGCGUAAGCUGGUAUACAAGCUGGCGCACGUGUGCAAGGAAAUUGACCACGUUGACAAGGCAGAGCCGGUUGGCAUGGGUCGUGACGUAGGUAAUUUCCUUGAGGGUUUGCUCGAGGAGAUUUUGGUGCGCGUCGAGCCUCUAGAUGAGGAAGAGCUGGCACAGUAG